GUGUCACAGCUGAUAAUUCUGAAUGAAAGUGCAAAAGAGACGCCAGAAAGCUUGCCAAAUCUCAACCCACAUGCACAGUCUGUUCUAAAAGCCACAGAAGAGUUGGUUCAGGUGGGUCAACGGCUUGCUAAAGACUCCAAAGAUGAGGAGUUACGGAUAUCCAUGCCAAAAGCAUGUGAGGCGAUGGAGUCUGCAGGGCAAAGUAUGAUGGUCGCAUCACAGUGUCUUCAGAUACGCCCGCAUGAUAGUCAAGCCAGGGAGAGUUUAGUGAAAGCUGCAAGAGAUGUAUUGGAAUGUACAAUGAAGGUUAUGUUGAUAUCCGAUGAUGCAGAAGUGCGGAAGAUAGUCCGUGCAGCUCAUUGGGCAAUUGAUCGUCUGAACCUGCUCAAAUCAGUGGAGACUAUGAAAGCGCUAGUGGAGAGCUUCAAGGGUUUCACGGAAGCUGUAAUGCUUCUCUCAAGUCUGUGUGACAAACGCCAACAAGAUCUUACCCAGCAACAGCCUAAGCAGCGAUUGUUAGUUGCUAUGGCAACACUAAAGAAAGCCACACCCAUGCUUAGCAGUACUAUGCAAACAUUUGUGAAAUACUCCAAGAGUACACAAGCUAAGGCUAGUUGUGAUUAUGUAAUUAAACACAUCAUGGUUGCAGUAACAGAAAUCAUAAAUGUAGUAGAAAAGGUCGGAAGCCAAAAGCCUGUAAAGAACGAAGAACCAGGACAUUUUGCCAUCAAAAUCGACAUGGCCAUGAAGGAAUUGUCGCCAGAGCGACGAUAUUCACUGAGUGUUGACUUUGAUUGCUUGUUGGAGUCCAUAGUUAGACAUAGCAUGGCAGUUGCUUCAUCCAUCCCAAGAGAUCACCUCCGAGAAGGUAUCAUAAACUCUUGCAAGGAGAUUCUAAGGCAGAGGACUAUAAUCCAAGAAGAGUGUAUUAAUGUACAAGACAAUCCAGGGUUCAAGCAGCUGAAGGCCGACUAUGAUGAAAAUUGUGAAGCGUUUGCUAGAGAUUUCCUGAUCCUGGAGAAGCUUGUGAAGAACGCCCUCAUUGGUCAAGUUGUUGAUGCAUUUGUUGAAACUAUAGAACCUCUUGAAAGACUUAUUAAAGCAGCAACAGUUCCUUUAAAGGAAAAGGGACGCCUAAAUGAAAAGGUAUGUCUUGAGAUCCUGCAGCCUUUAGAGACCGCAUUCCUUUCCCACCUUGAUAGGGUGUGCCAGGUGGGUACAUUCAUGGCUGCCAGCUGCUCUGAUCAUAAAAGAGUGGAGGUCAUUCAGGCCGCUGUUAACACCAUGGAGCAGAUCGACCCAGAAGUACUCCCAGCAUGCCUUGCUGUAAGGCAUGACAUUCUGGAUAAGCGAGCCAUUCAGCACAUCAAGCUGAUACACAGGGAAUGGAAGAAUGAGGUGACACAGCUUGUAGACACUAUAGAUGAACUCAUCGAUCAGAACAGAUUCCUGGAUGUUACUGAAGCAUAUAUUAAAAGAGACAUAACUCAAUGUCGUGAAGCCUCAUCCAUAACUGACAAGGACCUUCUGGCCGAUGCUGCCAACUGCAUGCUGGGAAGGGCAAAGCGUGUUAUUCAAGUAGCCAUGAGGGAAGUUGAUCGCAGCCAGGAUCCAGUUUAUCGAAAUGGACUCCUGGUUUUUGUGAACCAGUUGCAGAAAGUAAUUCCACUUGUGAAGGCUGCAGCAAACCACGCACUAGAACACAUGAACCAUCAGUCAGCACAUGAACAGUUAGCAGAGAAGGCAAAAGAACUUCUGGAAUGCGUUGAGGAUGUUCAUGAAGGCCUAGACCCUAGGUCACACCCAAACAUACUCAGUCCCCUGAGAAACAAUGUCAGGGAUCCUAAGAACUCCAAAGCAUUGCAUUCUCCAGUUGCACCAGUGUUGAGGAAACCAAUUCAGCACAAUGAAAGUUACCUCAGCAACCCUCUUCCAGCCUGUUCUGGAAUCGUGGACAUCCAGCAGCUUUCAAUGGUGGAUCUGGUUCCUUCUGGUGAAGCAAGUGGCACCUCUAGAAUAGUGCAUGAUAUGAGCUCAAUGAAUCUGAGUGCUAAAACAAGGGCUGAAGCUUCAUAUACCUUGAUGCCCAAGAACCUUCGCUAUCCCAUGAUUGAACUGAUGACGGCCGUAUACAGGAUGGACGGCAUGCAGGUUGAAGCCUGUAACGUCAUCGUGAUGAAGCACUCAAAAUCUGUAGCGGACUUGGCCAAAAGGCUUGCAGAAUCUCUGCGUGAUACUGGAAAACAGAGGAAUUUGAAAGCACAAGCCGAUGGUUUACUAGAGUUUACCCCUCAGGUGAUGGGGACAGCCAAGGCCUCUGUGUUAAAGCAGGAUGUGUUUAAAGCUGAGGCUCAGAUUAUGGUUGAAGAUUGGACUGAAAAGGUUAAUGACCUUGUGAAGAGCAUCAUUGAGGCUUCAAUCGUAUGGUUCAAUGUUGUUACUAUGGUGAUGGAAUACGCUAAGGUUGGAGAUAACAAGAAAUUGAAUUAUCAGUUGAAGCAACUUGAUUCGCACAUGCAACUUGUCCGUCAAACAGUGACAUCAACCGUAGAGACAUGUCAUGCUCUCGACCGGACCCACGCUAUCCGUCCAUCCAGUUACAGCACACAGGCACAAGUUAUCCAGACCCAUGCAUCAGAGUUGAGUAGACUCGUGAAAACACUCUCUGCUGCUGCGAGUGAAGUUUCAAUAGCUGAAGGAGAUAUAUGCUUGGAGAGCCAGUUAGAGCUUCUCAUUCUUGAGUGGUCAGUUAAGCACCUACAACUAUUCCAAGCAAUAGAUUCUGUCAAUUUACAAUCAAUUGUAAUGGUACCAUCCCUUGAAGAAGCUGUUUGCACAGGCUCUCAGGAAUUGGUUGAAAAAGAAGCUGGAAACUUGAAGAAAGCCUGCGAUUCGCUGGUCCAAAUGGCAAAGAAGGCUAUUCUUGGACUAAAGGAUACCAUGAAGGUUGAGGAAACAACAGUGGCAAUGUCAGAUGUUGAGAAACUAUCAGCUCUCCUGAUGGAAGUGGUUUUGCAAAGGCACAGCAAUGAAGAUGGGGGUAGAAGUGAUCCAAUCCACCCCAGGGUACAGCUUAUGCAAAGACAAUUACAAGCUAAGGUGGCUCAAUUGGGCCUUUUGAUUGAUGAAAGUGUAAGUGAUAUGGGGCUAGUGAUAGAUACAUUAACUGGCCUAGCGUUAGCUGCAAGACAGGCCACUGGGCCAUCUCAAACUCAACUCUUGACUCAGUUUCAAACCUUGGCUGAAAACCUUUCCCAGAACGUAUCGCAUGCUAGACAAGUUUGCUCACGGGCACUUUUGCCAGUGACAGACAAGGCUGGGAAGGAGCUUGCGUUUCUAAGUGUGGAUAGAAUGUGCCGCCUUACACCUACUGUCAUUUCUGAAGCUCGAGAUUUAGCUGACGAUGUUCCAGGUUCAAUGGAAAGGCUUACAACUGUCAAACGCGAGUGGGCUGCGAAUGCAACUGCAGUGCUUUAUGCUGUUACUAAGCUUCCAGAAGCAGAUUCAGCUUCGGUUGCAGAAAUUGCAACAGCAUUGAAAGACCUGCAGAUGAUACAUCAUCUGACUCCGCAAAGUGUUCCAAUGAUGAUGACAACACCACCUGCUAUCAAGCAAACACCUGGAGGUCCUUAUCAGCACAACAGCAGCAGCAGUAUGUCUGCAUGGCAACCAGAGUUCCAGGCAUUCUCUGAGCAAGCAUCUCAACUCUAUUCUCCAAGUAGCUCUAAAUUUCAAAUGGAAACAGUAAAGAAGCCAGCACUAAACCCCAGAGCUUCUUCACAUACAAAGUUGGAUCGCAACUUGAAUACAUCACCACUAAGGAUGAGGGAGAACCGAGGAGGUUCCUUAUCACCGGUGAAACUGAAAAACUUUGGUCAGGGGACAAAAGGACCCUACAGAACCAGACAUGUUCAUUACAGUGAAGAUGCAUCAGAACCAUUACUACAACAUGCUUCCAGCAGCCCAGAUCUACAGAAUGUGUCCCACAACCUGAGCAGUCAUCAUACAGCUUCAACUCCGACCUCAUUCUUCAAUAACCCUAUUGCCGCUGCAGCUUUGGAACUCCAGCAAGAGGCAGACAGAUGGGAAGAGGACAACAAUGCCAUUGUCCAAGUUGCCAAGACAAUGUCCAAACAAAUGUAUCAACUAGCGCAGCUGGCUAAAAGAAAGACGUCUGUGGAGGGUAAAGAAGAUUUAUGCAAACUUUCAAAAGCCAUAGCUGCCAAUGGGAAAGUGAUUGUUCAGUUUGCGGAAAUCAUCGCAAAAAAUUGUGUUGAUAAAAGGUUUUCAAAUGAGCUGCUGAUGUGUGCUGAGCAGAUCCCGUUGUUAAGCACACAGCUGAACAUUAUCUCAAGUGUAAAACAGGCGACACCCGACGAUGUAUCUGCUAAUGCCACGCUAAGCAACAACGCUGAGAAUCUAAUGCAGGCAGUAAUGAGCACGCUGAAAGCAGCUGAAGGAGCAUGUGUUAAGGGAUUAAAACCCGAACUUGAAGGAUCGAAAGAGGAGGCAGAAGCUAAAGCAUUAGCAAUGCAAUGGAAGAGAAAACUACAUCGAUAUCGGAUGAUAGAAGCGUCAAGCACGGAUACUGACGCAUUUGGUUUACGACGUAUCAGGAAGCACAUCUCAGCUCCAACGCUUACAGAAAUCCUAAAAUGAUGAGAGUGCCAGUCACAUACGCUGAUGGUUUUUGUGACAAAUCUCAAUUUUGAAGAUUUUAUCCUAUAAAUGAUGUUUGACACAAGCACCGAUGUCGAUCAAUUCGUUUGCAACGCAUCACGAAUCUCGGCUUCAGCAACAAAAUCUCAUCAUAGAAGGAUAGAUGCAUCAAGACUGACACAUCUCAGGAAACGCAUCUUAUCUCUGACAUUUCCACCCAGAUUUAGACAUUUAAUUCUUUAUGUUUGCUUUAAAAUUUACUGAACUAGAUAAAAUCAUUGAUAGCACACCUGCUAUUAACUGCUUGUCUGUAGCCAUCUAUUGCACCCAAACGAUGCUGUUUUGUUCUUUCUAUGAACUUUUAUAUGAAAAUUGUAUAUGUUCUUUGUCCAUUUAUGGGCAUGAUGCUGUCAUAUCACACCAUUAUAUGGGCAAAUGACUUACACAAAGCUUUGGUUCAGAGGGUUUUUUGUGUAACUAAUCAAAAAAUGCAUGUUUAUAGGGCAUUAUAUAGUAAGCUUAUAUAGUUUGUAUUUAUUGGGACUUUUAAAUUUACAUUUGUCUAUAUUUGUCUUCUCUGAAUUCCAGCUUAAGCAUUCCAGUUUAUUAGUGUGCAAUAGUUUCCUUAGUGUCCGUCCUUAUCUUUAACAUAUUUUUAAAAUACAUUAAAAAAAUAUAUAUAUUAUGUAUGAUAGUUUUUUAGUAUGGAAAAUUACAAUGAAACCGUCCCUUUACCUAUGAUAACUUAUGUCUUUUAACUUUUGAGAAAUAAUAAUAAUGUUACACAGUAUCAUACAGAUGCUUCUGCAACUUGUUCUUAUUAUUAUUAUUGUCUAAAUAGUCAAAUACUGAGAAAUUAAAUUCAGGUAACAAGUA